CAGAUUUUUAUAUUACUUGUCAACUUCAUAGUUUAUAAUCAUGGAUUUUAUGUCCCUGGCGUGGCACCGGUGGAGUUUAAGAAAGGUCAAAGAAUCGAAGUAAAAGCCGUUAAAAUGACGAGUAUUCAUACACAGCUACCAUACGAGUAUUAUUCCUUGCCCCUGUGUAGACCAAAAAAUGGAACAUUCCUCGAUAAAUCAGAAAAUUUAGGAGAAGUUUUAAGAGGAGAUAGAAUUAUUAAUACACCCUAUGAAGUACACAUGGCUGAAAAUAUUAAAUGCAAACUUUUGUGUCAUAAACAAAAUGAACCAAUGAAUUGGAGUGUUGAAGAAUCCGAAAAAGUUGCUGGACGAAUUGAACAUGAAUAUUUUGUGCACUUGUUAAUAGAUAAUUUGCCAGUUGCUACCAAAGUUAUAAAUGUUGAUACAUCUGAAAGGACAAUAGAGCAGGGAUAUCGCCUAGGAUUCAUGUCUAAAGGCAAAGCAUACAUAAAUAAUCACUUGAAGUUACUUCUCAAAUAUCACAAACAUAGCCAAGAUUCCUACCGAGUUGUGGGCUUCGAAGUAGAAACAUUUUCUAUUGAUAAGGAUUACUUGACCUUUUUGCAUGACUCAUGUCAAUUUUCACCAGAAGCAAAACCUCAACUGGUAAAUGAAGAUACCGGUACAAAACUCUACUUCACAUAUUCAGUAGAGUGGGGAGAAUCAGACAUUGAAUGGGCAUCGAGAUGGGAUAUAUAUUUAGGCAUGAAAGAUGUACAAAUACACUGGUUUUCUAUAGUUAAUUCAAUUGUAGUUCUAUUUUUUUUAUCAGGUAUUUUAACAAUGAUCAUUGUCCGCACGUUAAGAAGAGAUAUAGCUAGGUAUAAUUCAGAUGAAAACAUUGAGGACAUGAUCGAAGAAACAGGUUGGAAAUUAGUCCACGGAGAUGUAUUCCGACCACCACCUAAGAGGAUGUUAUUUGCAGCUGUCAUUGGAAGUGGAAUUCAAAUAUUUCUCAUGUCCCUCAUAACUAUAUUCGUAGCAAUGUUAGGCAUGUUGUCACCAGCAAGUCGCGGAGCAUUGAUGACUGCAGCAAUAUUCCUUUAUGUGUUCAUGGGUCUGAUAGCUGGAUAUUACUCAGCUCGCUUGUAUAAUACUAUGAAAGGAAAGCAAUGGAAACAAGCUGCUUUCCUAACAGCAACGCUGUACCCAGCAAUUGUCUUUGGAACAUGUUUCUUUUUAAACUUUUUCAUCAUGGGUAAACAUUCUAGUGGAGCGGUACCAUUUUCCACUAUGAUGGCACUUUUAUGCCUCUGGUUCUGUAUUUCUCUUCCCUUAGUCUACUUGGGGUAUUACUUUGGAUGUAGAAAACAACCAUUCCAACAUCCAGUGCGUACUAAUUUCAUACCAAGGAAAGUGCCAGAACAAGUUUGGUAUAUGAAUACUUAUAUAUGCAUAUUGAUGGCUGGUAUACUUCCAUUUGGAGCUGUAUUUAUUGAGCUAUUCUUUAUAUUUAAUGCUCUGUGGGAAAAUCAAUUUUAUUAUUUAUUUGGAUUUUUGUUUUUAGUAUUCUGCAUAUUAGUUAUUUCAGUUUCUCAGAUUUCUAUAGUAAUGGUGUAUUUCCAACUAUGUGGUGAGGAUUAUCAUUGGUGGUGGAAAAGUUUUAUAAUUUCUGGAGGAUCAGCUAUUUACAUAUUGAUUUAUUCCAUAUUUUAUUUUUUCACAAAAUUGGAAAUAACAGAGUUUAUACCUACAUUGCUUUACAUUGGUUACACAGGACUUAUGGUGUUAACAUUUUGGAUUUUGACUGGAACUAUUGGAUUCUUUGCAGCAUAUACAUUCAUCAGAAAAAUAUAUGCAGCUGUCAAAAUUGAUUAAAUUACAAAAAUUUGAAGCCAUUUAUUUUAAGCGUUAAUAUAAAUUAUGUUUAUAUGAGUGUAAUUAAGAGUGUAUUAGUACAGGUUUGACUGUGUGUAAAUAAUUUUAACUAAAUAGCUGAUUAUUAAAUGUAUUACUAAUUUGCAAAAUAAUUUUGCAAGUUUUGUAUAAUUCGUAA